AUGUUAGAAAAAUGGAAAAAUGAUAUUAAAAAUAUUGCUCUGAAAUCAAUUCCCAAAAGAAAAGGAAACCUUUGGAUGACUACAUGGGUUUCUCAUUUGGAAAUUAGUCUAAAUAACUAUCUAUGUUCUGGCGUUUGGUAUUUAGAAUUUCAAAAAAUAAUUUCGCAAAAUCAUUCUAUUACACAAAGACUUGUUGCAUAUUUUCUUGUUCGCAAAGUGAUAGACGAAACAUUUAGGGGUAACUUUCAUGAAAAUAGAAACGUACAAGAACAUGCUGAUCCCACCUUGACUCCUAGGAAAAUUAUUACUUUAAAUCAAGCAGAAUCCCAAAAAUUUUCCUAUAUUAUUGGUUGGGUACUCUUCAAGUUACUUAAAAGAGAUUAUGCAAUGAAUUCCCAUCCAAAAUUUCGGGUAAUGCAUACUUUACUUGAAAGUCUUUGUGAAGAAAAGGUUGAAUAUACGAUAGAAACAAGAUCACAAACCACUAACAUUAUACCUGGGCCUGAAUUUACUCAGUUCAUGUAUUAUUUAGAAUCUCUAGUAAUUGAUCUGUUUAAAAAACAUAAUGAAUUAGGGCCAAAUAUCCUUCAUUAUGUGAAAAAUAGUCUUCUUUCUAACUCAUCUCUGAAUCAGAUGUUCAUCACGAUUUUGAAAUCUUCAACUGAUGUUGAAUUGGGAGAUGAAGAAUGUGGGUUUAUUUAUGAAAGAUGCAUCACAAUCUAUAUGAGGAGCUGA